AAACCGCCGGACGACACAAAUAAUCUCCCCCAACAAAAAAACACACGUCAUCCUCUUCAUACAAUCUUCACUUUGUUUUCUCUACCGCUCCGUUCAUCUUUCUUCUCUCUUUCUUUAAUUCCUUCUAAUUCCACCGACAUGAACAACCAGCGCAACCAGUAAUAAACACACGACUACACAAUCAUGACGGGCAUCGCCGCGACUGCCUCGUCUGCUGACGACAAACGACCGAUCGACAGCCCAAAGCGAUGCUUCAUCUGCCUUACCGAUGAAGACGCCUCUGAUGCCCCUGGCACAUGGGUCGAUCCGUGCCCAUGCACUCUCGAAGCACAUCAAGACUGCAUCCUCUCGUGGGUGACAGACUGCGAGCGCUCCAAUCGCCCACUCAAAUGCCCCGUGUGCAAGUCGCUCAUUAAGCUCGAGGGCCGCUGGGAUCCCAUCGUUGCCCUCUCCGAUGGCGUCAAACGCCGCUUCACUCGCGCUAGCCCCUACAUGCUCUUUACAGCCGUCUCCAUGGGUGUACAGUUCAGUUUGCAAAUGUACGGCGCCAUGGCCCUCUGGACGUUUGCUGGCAAGGAUGCGCUGUUAUCAUACGCACUCGGGCCCGUCACUCUCAUUAACGGCCGCGAGAAUAAACUUUCAUUUGCCCGCGAGAGGGCUUCAAGCGCACUUGUGCUGAUGAAUGUUGCACCUGCGUUGAUGCUGGCCACAGUAUUUCCUGGCUUCAGCAAUCGCAUCUUUCUACCAACCGCCUCUCUGUACGGCGUGUACCAUGUCCUACACGACGAAAAGUUUAUUGCCUGGCCGCCAUCACCACAGCUAGCCAUGGCCGUCUUUCCUUAUAUCCGAUCGAUAUACUACAACCUCUGGCGCGAGCUGGUGCUGCCGUAUGAGGUCAAGCUUAAUAGGCAAAUACUGGGCCUCCCACCACAGCCCCCUGCACCAGAGGGAGCACCACAUAGACGACUAGACGAUCGACGGGAGCCUGGCGUUGUGGAAAUGCUGCAGACGCUUGUGGAUGCGCUUGGUGGCGAGGACGACGAAGGCAUGCCUGCUGGUGCCAAUAAUGCAAACGCAGAGGGUGACGACCGUGUAGUAUUGGAAGUGGUAAUUGAAGAGGACGAUGGUCAGGGUCCCCACGAGCCUGGGUUUGCUAUUGAGAUUGGCCAGCAAGAAGAGGAAGCACGGCCAGCGGCUGCACCGGCACAACCAGCAGCAGGACAAGCGCCGAAUAAUGAGAAUGCAGCAGUUGCGCCAGCUGCAGAUGGACCAGUCGGCGCAGCACCAGCAGCAGGAGAUGGACAACCAGCAGCGGCCGCACCAGAGGCAGCAAACCAUGAAGCCCCUGCCCCUCCAGCGCAACGCAUGAGCCUCGGCGGUAUCUUGUCUCACCUCUCCAACACCAUUGUCAGCGCCCUCGUUCUGCCAGGCAUCUCCUUCGCAGCUGGUGAGGCUUUGAGAUUGGUACUUCCCGCGAAAUUUACCGCUCUUUCGUCACGGAGCCAGCUGCUUCGCCAGCGCCCCGGCCUUCUGCAGCAGCAAUGGGGCAGAAGCUUGAUUGGCGGGUGUAUCUUUGUGGUGCUGCGGGAUAUUGUCCGGGUAUAUGCCAAGACGCGCAAGGUGGCUGCGAUGGAGAGCCGUCGGGUCAAGAAUGUUGACCGGCCGCGAAAAAAAGCCAAGUAGGCAAUCCUUGAGAGUUUUGUUGAUUUUUCUUUGGUUGUAUGGCGUUUGAUAGUUCUAGGGGGACGAUGAAGUAUGCCGUCCAUUGGGAGCAGUGUACCAGGUGUACGUUUACAAUAUAGCAUAACUUGACUACUCUUUUAUUAAAAAUACAUUUAGAAGUUUAACGAUUUUAUUAUU